CCAACUGCCAUUCCAAAUUGGUUCAACCAAUUAGCAAGUAGCUGAACAAUAAGCACGUUAAUUUUCAAUGUUUUAAGUCUGGCAGUAACCCAGAACUAUCAGAGGCAGAGGAUUUCUCUUUCGGCUGCUGCUGACAACAACUGCAUAAAAGGGAAACUUGCCUAGAGCACCCGAGGCAGCAGAGCUCUCGAGAUGUGUCUAUCCCUCUCUGUGCAUCGUCCAAUCAGCGGGAGUCCUGCUCUCCACUUCCGCUGGUAAUUGGGGGAAGAUGGGAAGGCGUGCGCACGCUUGGCACAGGGUAAACACUUGCUUUCAGAGAGAAACGGGUAGAAGUGUCAGAUGGAAGGAGAAAAAGAGUGAAGGAAGAAAAUAGAUAAAAGCAUUUAUGUAGACCAUUGUAUCAUUUGGAAUUGUGUAGUUUCCAACACAUCAGAUUAGAAGAGCAGCAACGGAGAAGUACCUGGAGUGUUUAUGAAUUUUCUUUUUCCGACAAGCCUCCUUCGACAAGGAUCAUAGAAGACAGCGUCCUUUUGUGGGAGAUUACUGAAUCGAUACAUCCAGUAGAACUUUACAGGAAGCAAAACUUUUCAUAUUUUUUAUUUAUUUAUUCUAAACAUUUUUUCAAACAGAAUGCAUAAAGAUCAUUUUCUAUUCACCAAUCGCUGCCUUUAAACUGGUGGAAUGUGAAUACCUUUUCAUAGGCCUACUAAUAGAUAAACAGAAAAUCAACUUCAUUUGCAUUUUUUUGAAUAUUUUUGAUGGAUUAGUUUGAAUUAUUUGAUCUCCAUUUUAUGGCAUAGUAUAACAUUCAACACGCUUUCUCAAAGUUUUAAAACAUUUUUCUUGGAUUAGAGCACUCUGUUUGAGAAGAUAAAUUGAUCCAACGAGGGAAGAGGGAGAUCAAUCACAGGCUUUAUGGUUUGGGGAAUGGCAACAGCCACCUCCAGUCCAUACCUGGCCAGCAAUAGGAUCCUGUCCACCGGCUCCAUCGUGCACUCAGACCGGGGGGUCGGUGGCAUGCAGCCGGGGAGCACCGCUGUCACCUCGGUGUCGGGCGGAUACAGAGGGGACUCCUCGGUGAAGAUGGUGCAGAGGGACUUUAUGCAGGGCGCUAUUGCGACGAGCAACGGGGGACACGUGUUAAACCAUGCCCACCAGUGGGUGACAUCCCUGCCUCACGCCGCCGCUGCAGCAGCCGCAGUGGCAGCUGCCGAAGCCGGCUCUCACUGGUCCUCGGGCCCCGUGGGAAUGACAGGCAGCCCGCAGCCGCUGGACGUGAAGAGAAACUCUGGCAGAGAGGACCUGCACUCGGGCUCAGCUCUACACCACAGAUCUUCGCAUCUGGGCUCCCACCAGGCACACCCAGGAGCCUGGGGUGGCACCUCAGCCGCGCACAUAUCCAGUAUCUCCGAAGGACAGCAGCAGCAACAGUCGCUGAUCUACUCCCAGCCCGGGGGAUUCACGGUUAACGGGAUGCUCAGCACACCGGGGAGUAGGAGCCUAAUGCACCCGGGGAUGGUGAGGGGGGACUCCCCCGAUCUCGACCACAGCAGCCACCAUCAUCACCAUCACCACCACCAUCAUCCACAUCACCCGCAGCACCACGUCGGGGUGAGCCAUGACGCUCAGUCUGACGAGGACACGCCGACCUCGGACGACCUGGAGCACUUUGCCAAGCAGUUCAAACAGCGCCGGAUCAAACUCGGCUUUACACAAGCGGACGUGGGCUUGGCGCUGGGCACCCUGUACGGCAACGUCUUCUCACAGACCACCAUAUGCAGGUUCGAGGCGCUGCAGCUGAGCUUCAAGAACAUGUGCAAGCUGAAGCCGCUGCUCAACAAAUGGCUGGAGGAAGCCGACUCGACCACCGGUAGCCCCACCAGCAUCGAUAAGAUCGCGGCGCAGGGCAGGAAGAGGAAAAAGCGCACGUCCAUCGAAGUGAGCGUUAAAGGAGCUUUGGAGAGCCACUUUCUCAAAAGCCCCAAACCCGCGGCCCAGGAGAUCACCUCUCUGGCGGACAGUUUGCAGCUGGAGAAGGAGGUGGUCCGGGUCUGGUUCUGCAACCGCAGGCAGAAGGAGAAGAGGAUGACGCCGCUGGGGCUGCCACACAGCCCGGAGGACGAGUACUCUCAGGUCCGCAACAUGAGCGCAGACACACCGUCACCCUCCAUGGACUGCAAGCGAAUGUUCAGCGAUACGUGAGAAAUAAAACAAAACACCGGACAAUAAUAUUUAUUUAGUCUCAAAUAAGACACUGUAAGGGCCGAAAAAAUACUAGCAAGAUCAAUUAUCUUUUACACGUGAUGCCAAGUGGGAACAGUUACUUUUGGGCCUCCAUCCUGACCAACAGUGUGUCUGGUAUUUUCUUUCAGGAAAGUAAGAAAUUAAAACGUGCAACAUUAAGCAACACAUUAUCGAAUGGACCGCGCAAUGAGAGGUAUCAACUCUUCAAGUUAUUUUUCUUCAGGUAAAUGUUUGUCUCAUUAGGAUUUAGGAAACAAUCUUAAUCAGUUUUUAGCCUGCUAUAUAUUCCAAUAAAGUGCGUGUGUGUAUUUCUCAAACUAUAUCUUUCCCUUUUAUUUAAUAUGGAACUUGCCCUGCUUUCACCAAAAAGAUUGUUUCAGUUCUCUGCCCCAUCUUUGGCCCCAUGUGAAAGACAAUGAUAAGCUUUAACCUCUCCCCAUGAUCGCCCUUCUUAUUUUGUAAUAUUUAAUAUUGUGUAGGCCUAUUUUAGAACAAACAAAAUCCAAUACACUUUUUUGUCCCCUUUGCAGCACUUAAUGUUAUUGGAAAUGUUCCCCUCUGCAGUUGAAGGGGGUCACAUUACAUUCCCAAGCAUUAGUCAUAUGUUUUAGUUUUGUUUUUACAAACAAGUUAUGAUACAAAUAUUUUUAAGAAUCACAAUCUUUUUCACCAUGCUGACUUUCUGUUCUAAGGCUACCAUAUAAUUAAUGUACUAUAAUGAGCUAUACUUUAUUUACCCUCAACACCUUGCAUUAUGUGGUAUUGAUGACUUAACAGUUGAAGUUUGUUAUGAUUAGACUGUAAUUACAGUGAUGAUGAUAGGCCUUGCCUACAUGUUAUUUUCAAAGGAGCACGAAUUCCCAAAAGCUGACGUCGAUGUUGUUUGUUAUAGCCUUGUAUACUUCUAUGUGAUGAUUUUGACAGUAGCCUAAUAUAUUUUAAGUGGUUAUUUCAUGAAGGAUUAUUGAGAACAAUAAAUGUGUCAUAAGGGAUACCAUUGUGUUUUCAAUGUCAGCUCACCAAAAGUACUAUAGGCCAACUUUGAAGAUCUGAACUGCAGA